AGGAGGCCCUCCCUGGUGUCCCAGCUCCACCACCCCCUGCUCGGCUGUGGGCCUGACCACGUGGAAGGACCCCUUGGCCAUGAACCAGCCUGCCCCCAGGGCACCCCCUCCGCCCCGCCGCGUGCGAUUAAAGCCCUGGCUGGUGGCCCAGGUGAACAGCUGCCAGUACCCAGGGCUGCAGUGGGUCAAUGGGGAAAGGAAAUUCUUCUGCAUCCCCUGGCGCCAUGCCACGCGGCACGGCCCCAGCCAGGACGGAGACAAUACCAUCUUCAAGGCCUGGGCCAAGGAGACAGGAAAGUACACGGAGGGGGUGGACGAGGCGGACCCGGCUAAGUGGAAGGCCAACCUGCGCUGUGCCCUGAACAAGAGCCGUGACUUCCGCCUCAUCUAUGACGGACCCCGGGACAUGCCCCCUCAGCCCUACAAGAUCUACGAGGUCUGCUCUAAUGGCGCCGCUCCCGCAGAGUCGCAGCCGGGUGAGGACUACACUUUUGGUGCAGGAGAGGAGGAGGAGGAGGAAGAGGAAAACGUGAGCUCGGGACCAUUCUUGGCAGCACCUGCCUGCACUGACGUGCUCCAGAGGAUGUUACCAAGCCUGAGCAUCACAGAAGCAGUGCAACCUGGCCCCCCCAUGGCACCCUAUUCUUUACCCAAAGAGGAUGUCAAGUGGCCUCCCACUCUCCAGCCGCCUGUGGUGCUGGGCCCUCCUGCACCAGACCCCAACCUCCUGGGCCCCGCCCCCGGCAACCCUGCUGGCUUUGGGGAGCUUCUCCCGGAGGUCCUGCCGAGACUGCAGCCUGGGCCCCUGGCUGCCAGCCUGCCCCCCACGGGCGAACAACUCCUGCCCGACCUGCUGAUCAGCCCCCACAUGCUGCCUCUGACUGACCUGGAGAUCAAGUUCCAGUACCGGGGGCGGCCACCCCAGGCCCUCACCAUCAGCAACCCACAGGGCUGCCGGCUCUUCUACAGUCAGCUUGAGGCCACCCAGGAGCAGGUAGAGCUCUUUGGCCCUGUGAGCCUGGAGCAAGUGCGCUUCCCCAGCCCUGAGGACAUCCCCAGCGACAAGCAGCGCUUCUACACAAACCAGCUGCUGGAUGUCCUCGACCGCGGGCUCAUACUCCAGCUGCAAGGCCAAGAUCUGUAUGCCAUCCGCCUGUGCCAGUGCAAGGUGUUCUGGAGCGGGCCCUGCGCCUCAGCUCACGGCUCACACCCCAACCCCAUCCAGCGGGAGGUCAAAACCAAGCUCUUCAGCCUGGAGCAUUUUCUCAAUGAGCUCAUCCUGUUCCAGAAGGGCCAGACUAACACCCCACCGCCAUUUGAGAUCUUCUUCUGCUUUGGGGAGGAGUGGCCUGACCGCAAGCCCCGAGAGAAGAAGCUCAUCACCGUACAGGUGGUGCCUGUAGCAGCUCGGCUGUUGCUGGAGAUGUUCUCAGGGGAGCUUUCUUGGUCAGCUGAUAGUAUCCGGCUACAGAUCUCAAACCCAGACCUUAAAGACCGCAUGGUGGAGCAGUUCAAGGAGCUCCAUCACAUCUGGCAGUCCCAGCAGCAGUUGCAGCCUGUGGCCCAGGCCCCUCCUGUGGCAGGCCUCAGUACUGGCCAGGGGGCCUGGCCCAUGCACCCGGCUGGCAUGCAACAGUGAGACUGCAGACAGCAACUGACACAGGCUUCCCGGGUGGCUGUGUGGGCUCACGUGAAGGUAUGAUGGCCCCAGUGGGCACCUGACUGGCUGCAGGGCCCUCUAGCUGGGUCUCCUGGAAGUGGCUCUGCACCAAGGAGAGGGGAAGAGAGGUCUAAGUUCCAGGCUUUCUCUUGUAGCACCUGAGGGAAGCUGGAAGCGUUUUGCUUUGAGGACGGUCUUGCUGUGUAUGCCUCUCCUCUGCUCACUCUGGAGGAACUCAGCCCUUAGCCCCAGUGAGCAGAGAAGUUAACUCCACCAACCUGGGGGCCUAGUUGAGAGGGAAUUGUCCCAGUGUGGCCCACUCUUGUGGUUGCCCCCAAUUCCUCAGGCAAAAAGAGCCAAGUGCUGUGGGCCAUGCUCCCUCAGCAGGGCAUGGGCCUGAUCUGAUUUUGGGGUUCCCUAGUUUGAGCCUCACUUCCUUACAUCUCUCUCCCUCCUGAGAUGGGCACUUAGGUAUCAUACCAGAUCCUUAAGGCCGGCAGCUACCUCCUUCUUGAGAGUCUAAGAAUAUGGGGUAGAAGUGGAAUUUUAUGUCUUUUUCAAUUAAUAAAUAUUAAAAACAGA